CAACAAAAGCUAGCCGAAGUGACCACAACGCACUCAGAGGAUGGCUUCAGGAGGAGACUUUAGAACCUCAUAUUCUCGCUCUUUGAUUAAAUGAGCCUUCUGCUAUCACCUAAACUAUUUACUGUUAUCAUUAUCACAUCUUAUAAACAUAUUCCUUCAUCGCUUAAUGUUAACUCUGCUUCUAUUUUACUUUUGUAGGGCCAGUGGAAUGUCAUUAAGCCCUAGCCAAGUCAUCCGGCUGUUGGGUAACUGAAUAUCGAACAGACCAUCAAUCCCUGCCAAGGUCAAGGGCAACCAAUGCGCAUCAGUUAAUCAUAUGCCAUGGACUGGCCCAUGCAGCGGUAGUCCUACCACCUUCUGUGUACUCAUUCUUACUCAUACUUCCGUGGUAACUUUCUUUGUAUUAUACGGUCUUCAAAGCGGCUAUCGUACUUUAAUAGGUCGAAGAGGCAACCCACGUUAGAUGCUGACUGCGAGGUGUGAUUUCGAAGUCACCUGGUUCGUCACACCAUUCCCGUCUAAGUUCAGUAACCCCUCUGAUCAUUCGACGUAGAUCAUCAACAUUGAUGACCUACACUGUAAUACUCUAGUUUUCGCACACUAUCUUCAUUACCAAUUAACUAACACGUUUACUGCCUAUUUCUUGAAGACCUGGUUAGUUCCUAGCAUCCGAAUUUCCGAGUCAUUAUUUUUCACAUUACAACCAAACAACCCCCUGCCUGAUAACGUGAAAGGUGCUGUUAUCUAGAAACCCUACUGUUCCGAGACAAACGCAUUCACUCAAACUACAAGAUCUGUAAACCUACAAAUAACUAAUAAACUGACUAGGAUUAGUGCAAUCGAGUAACCAGACUACCGCCUAUUAAAAGUUAUUAAAAACUUGGAAGCGUAUAUAAUCAACAAGAAGUGAGUUCAAAGACACCAGUCGGUAUGCACAACUUCGUCUCCAAGAUAUUGGAUACUGGAAGGCAGUUCGGGGUUCUUUCAAAUCUCAAGGACGGCAUGCAAACUUUUUGAUAAAUUUAGGUCAUCUUUUUAUCAACUGCUUUUCAUAUGGACACAGUAUGUUACAGGUCUCGUUUUUCCAUAGGUUAUUCAUAGAAAAAACUUCCCGAGAGGUUCUUCAGGAAGAAGGCAGAGGCCUUCAACCGAAAGGUUAAAUAUGCUAAACAAAGUGUCACUCAGGUAGCGGCACUACACAAUGUAUUGCCUGGGUACGUUGCGUUUCUCUUCUUUAUGGCACUUAGCUAUCUUGAGAAGGAAGAUGAAAAUGAGAUAAUCACUCAAGAUGCUAUGUUGAAAGAAGUUGAUAUUGGUUCCGCAACUAAGGUAAAAUACUAUAAGCUUUAGGCGAAUAUGAAAACUAGCGUUUUGAUGUUAAACUACAGUAUGGACCGUAUGCGAUUGAUUAUUCACGAAACGGCAGAUUUUUAGCCCUGUGUGGUAAAUCAGGUCACAUAGCGGCAUUCGACUGGAUGGUGAAGAAGCUUCUUUUUGAGAUCACUGUCUCUAACGAAUGCAAGGAUGUUAAGUAAAAAAUUUAGUUGAUAAUCUCUUAGGUUUCUUCACCAAGAAACGUUCGUUGCCGUUGCAGAGAAAAGAUAUGUUUCCAUAUAUGACAAUCAAGGCUUAGAAGUACAUUGCUUGAAAAAACUGAGUGGGAUAUUACGAAUGGAAUUUCUCCCGUAUCAUUUCCUUCUGGUGUCUUCCGCUGACAAUGGAUUUCUUUAUUACCUAGACUGUUCUAUUGGUACGAUUGUCACUUCAAUACCUACAUAUAUGGGGCGCCUUGGUGUUAUGUGUCAAAACCCUUCUAACGGAGUUAUUUGCACAGGACACAACGAUGGUGUUGUAUCUAUGUGGGUACCUUCAGAGAAGUCAUACGUUAUCAAAAUGUUCGCCCACCCAACUGCCAUUACUUCGAUUGCUUGCGACCAAACUGGAAGCUACUUGGCAACCUGUGGAGUUGACCGAAAACUAAAGAUUUGGGACUUGAGGUCCACUUAUGAUCCUCUUUCCGAAAUCUUGCUGCCUAUGUCUGCUUCAACAAUUAAUUUCAGUCAGAAAGGUUUAUUAGCAUUGGGUGCUGCUAAUACCGUACAGAUUUUACGUGACCCCCAUUCCAUUCCACCGUCCAAUGCAUCAAAAAUCUUUGAAACCAUUUCACCUAAUGUUAACCGACGAGUAAUUUCGAAUGCUUAUCUUUCUCACUAUGCGGUUCAUCCAGUUUAUCGUGUACGCUUUUGUCCUUAUGAAGACGUUUUAGGAGUAGGUAGUUCCGCUGGGAUUUCAUCCAUUCUUUGUCCUGGGAGUGCCGAACCUAAUUAUGAUGGUUUAGAAGAAAAUCCUUUUGCCAAUAAACGUUAUAGGCAAGAAAGAGAAGUUAAACGACUUUUGGAUAAGAUUCCAUAUACAAUGAUUUCAUUAAAAUCAAUCGUUGGUGAAGUUCGUCGUGAAGACCUUUUAGAAGAAUGGGAAAAAAAGAAAGCUGUAUUACUUGGACAAGUUCCCAAAGUCGAUACACCUGCUAUUAAACGAAAUAAACGAAAAGGUAGAUCAAAACCUGGCCGAAUCGAGGCAAAAAAGCAAAAUAUACACUUUGAACGUAAAAUGUUUACUAUCAAAGAAGUUUUAGGUGUACGGGAAGCGGAAGAGAAGUUACGACGAAAAGUUUCUUACAAAAAAAACAAUGAUAUAAGCACAUUACCGAGACCUAGUGAAGCUUUAGUAACAAAAAAGAAAUUAUCGAAAAGACGCACAAACACUGCUCUUGAUGUGUUGAUUCCACCAAAAGAAUUUUAAUUUUUAAAUCUUAAUUUCUUUAUCGUUCUCUAACUAACUGUUUGUCUUCAAGUUCUUUUCUUAAAUUUCCCACUAAACUAUUUAAAAU